AUGUCUUUCAAACGCGAGGGUGACGAUAAAGAACAACUAGAUGUUUUGAGAAAAAGAAGAAUAAGAGAUCUGGUAGGGGAAAAUGUUCCAGAAGAUGAGGCUAAAUUAUUAAGUAAUGGAAAGUUUACAUGUUUAGUGUGUAGUUACCAUCCUAUAUUUGAUACUAUUGAUAUGUUAUUAGUACAUAGAGCAGGCAAGAAACAUGAACAAGGUAAUACAUUUUUUUAA